CACUAGUAAACGCGUUUCCUUGUCUGUCAUAUGUGAAGCUAAAAGGGAAGAAGCGAAAGAUCGUUUAUGGAGAUGCAAUCUGACUACAUAUAUCACUAUUAAAACGGAGGAAAUACCGCUUUAAUCUGAGCUCUAAAUGCUCUAAUAUCACCAUAACCCGGGUAGCUUAAUGCUAAAUCAGCCGCCAUCUUGUGGUCGUUUGUUUAGUUAGCCGUUAGCCGUUAGUAGCCGUUAGCCGUUGCUAUCUCUCUCCACAACACACUCCGCCUUUAGUGGCGAUGAGUACGGACUUACUGUCGGAUCUGGACAGUCGUUUCUUCGCUGAUAACCUCCUGACGAGCGAAGACUGGGAUGCCUGCCUGUACCAGUGUGAGAGCAUGGAGGAGGGAGAGGACGCAGACUUCAGCGUGGGGUUGAAAUACGAGCCAUCGUUUGACAAUGACCUUGUGCUCACCCUCGAUCCUGACAACCCCACGUCGCCAUGGCGACACCUUGACGACAACCUUCUCACAGGGGAAGCUCCUGUGAUAAAAAGUGAAAUGACCAUCACUAAGCCGCUACCAGUAGAAAUGUUGUUCCAGGUGAAAGCAGAGCCUCCCUCUCCUGCAUCCUCACUCGGGUCCGACUGCUCUUCAUUCUCACCUGACCCUCAGAUCACCGUUAAAGGGGAAAACCCUCCGACUCCUCCGUACAUGUACGGAGACGUGCUGUCUCCUCCGCUGGGCGCCAUGGAGGUCACCGUGGCAACAUCAGCCAUACCCCGACCACAGACGCAACUACAGACGCCGUUAACGACACAGAUCCCAGCGGUCAUCGGUGGAAUACAGACGCAGGCUGCAGUUCUGCCGGGUUCGGCCACAUUAAAGGCCAACACCAUCCUGAGCACCAAACCUCCCAUCCAGCCCAGACCAGUGUGUGUCACCACCCUCCCCGUCACCCACACCCCCGCACCGCCCAAGACCCUCAUCCUGCAGGGCCUCCCCUCCAUGGACCAGAACAGACCCGUCGUCUUGUCUCAGUCCGUCUGUCUCGGUUCGGCUCCGGCCAUCGUCAAAAUGGAGCCCGUCUCUCCCAGCAUCCCCCAGCACUGCUCCAGCCCCACGGCUCUGCCCACCAGCAAACCCAUCGUCCCGGCGACGACGGCGUUACCCGGCAAUAACUCCAACGACAUCGAUGUGAGUAGGCCGGAUGUUCCAACUCGCACCGAUCCUCAAAUCACAACCAGAAAUCUGCAAGUUGAUGGUUAUCAGAUGAAGGUGCUGAAGCGGCAGCAGAGGAUGAUAAAGAACCGGGAGUCGGCCUGCCAGUCGAGGAAGAAGAAGAAGGAGUACCUGCAGAACCUGGAGGGUCAGCUCAGGGAGGCCCAGCAGGAGAACGAACGCCUCCGCCGGGAGAACCAGGCGCUGAGGGAGAGACUGGCAGGGAAAGAGGGCAGCGACUCGGCGAGCAACAAGAGAGCCGUGUGUGUCAUGGCCGUCCUGCUGUUCAUGACCUUCAGCUUCGGACCCGUCAGCAUCACAGACAGGAAGCUGUCGGGCCUACAGGACGGCGUGAUGUCGUAUACGGGACGGCGGCUGCUGGAGAUCGAACAACAACAACAACAACAUCAGCAGGAAGCAGCUGCUCCGCCUCCGAGCAGAAUGGAAGACAAGACGGAGACGGAGGAGGAUGGAGUAGACGACGCUGCAGAGUCCUAUCAGUUCAGGAACCUGAGUGAUGUGUUCAGUGACAUGAAGGAUCUGGUUCUUCAGGACAUCGAUCGGUACUUCAGCUCCUCCGACUGCAGACAGUUCAACCGCUCAGAGUCUCUCAGGCUGGCAGACGAGCUGAGAGGUUGGGUCCAGCGACACCAGAUCGACAGGAAGAAGUCUGGAGGAAAACCAAAAAUCGCCAAGAAGGCCAAGAUCGCCCAGAAAGCUCAGCUGAGGAAGACGAACUUCUCCAGAUAUCUGCCGAUCCAGGCUCACCGCUCCAUAGAAAGUCAGCUGCAGGUGCUUCCUGGUCCUGAGGUCACCUACAGCGACUUCCUGGACGCCAUCGACCGCAGAGAGGACACUUUCUACGUCGUCUCUUUCAGACGGGAUCACCUGCUGUUACCGGCCAUCAGCCACAAUAAAACCAGCAGACCUAAGAUGUCUCUGGUGAUGCCGGCCAUGUCUGUGAACGAGAGCCUCUAUAACUCCUCUCAGGGCUACGAGAUGAUGAUGCAGGUCGAUUGUGAGGUCAUGGACACCCGCAUCGUCCCCAUCAAGUCCUCCGCCGUCCCACCGUCUCUCCGCGACCCGCCGCCGCCUCCCCCCUCCUCCUCCCACCACCAUCACCACGGCAACCACACCUCGCUGCGAGGGCGCCACCACCACCACCCCUCGUCCUCCUCUUCAUCUUCCUCACCGUCUCCGAGGCAACCAUUACCCGCCCGCCAACGGACAGCGGAGUAUUUAAUCAGCCAAUCAGAAGGAGUCUGAGGAGGUUUGAUGUUUGAGACGGACAUCUUUUAAAUCAUUAUCCCUCCGACAGGUAACAAACACACGUGUCUGCUUCCUGGAAACGUUUUCUAGAGAGCAGGAAGUCGAGGAAACCUCCAUGAAAACGCCUGCAGAAGGAUUUUAAUCGGUAAAUAAUACUGUUUAGAACUCGCCACUAAAACUCCUCGUUCACACCUUAAAUAAAAUGUCCUAAUAUAUAUAUAAGAAGAUAUUUCUAGAAGUCGGAGGCAGACCCGGCAGCACACCGCACUUAGAAAUAAUCCUGAGUUUUAAUAUUUAAUGUGAGAAGUGUACAGUUUGAAUGAAGCGUGGAGGACAGGAAGCUGUCGGGGGGUUUAUGUUGGUGCUGAAGAGACUUUACGUCUUCUUAAAGGACGGUUUGUUUCUGUUUUAGCUGCCUUAACAAACCGUCGCUGGUCGUGUUGUGACCGAGUCAGCUGACAGGUGGCGCCACAGAGCUGCACAGUAACGGCCGUUACACACCGGGGGCAUUGUUUCCGCAGGGCAAUAUAUUUGUUUUCAUAAAUACUUUAACACUGAACGGGAAUAUUACACAGCAAAGUGUAGUGUACUUUUUUUCGUAACGAGAUUGAUUUUUCUGAGCUACCCACCGUGAAUAAAGGCAUCAACCAAUCAAGUUGCGCGGAACGGGUUGAUUUGCGUCUUCCAAAAUUGAGCGUAAGUUUAGAGCGUUAUUUAACCUCCUUCAGGACAAGCUAACAUGACAUGGUUGGUACCGAUGGAUUCAUCAGGUUUUCUAGUUUCAUAUGAUACUAGUAUCUUCACUCUAGCUUUAAAACUGAACCCGCUAUAACCUUCAAACUUUGACAGCCCUAAUUUUAUUAUAUUUUUAAGAUGGUACCAGGAUCCUAAGUUCCUUAAUUCAAACGCCUUUUGUUUGUCGCUGCCUCUCCUUUUUUUUUUUUUUUUACCUCACUUCGCUAAACUGACGCUAACUCUGCCCGCCGUGCUCAUAUUAUGAAAAAUAAUUAAUAAUUAGGGAUCCUACAUAUUUAAAUUCAGUAGCAUUUUUACCUCACAAAAAAAUAAAAAAACAGCGGUUUAUAUUAUCAUUAUUGUUUUUAAUUAAUUUGUUUCUGCUAGAAACAUCUGGCAGGUCACUUUGGGCAGCCCUGCCCUAGACAUAUAAUAUUCGCAGGCGAGUAUUUCGCAUUUUCGUGUCGUUUAUUCGUCACGCCCCCGAUGUGUAACGACCUUUAGACCUUAAAAAAGGAAAACUAAUUCAGGAUUUUUCUGCAUUUCAGCACCUCAUCUGUUGUAAUUAAUCUUUUGAUCAGCAAUAAACCAGUUUAUUAAAGUUGUAGAACUGUGCAGCUCCAGCAGGACAACUUCCUGUUUUCCUCGACGCACUACUGAUGGUCCGGCUCUGUGUUUGUCUGUGUUGUCUGCAUUUAUAUAUUUGUGUUGUUGUCAGAUGUUCACGUAGAAAUGGAAACGUGUCGUCUGGAUGCUCGAUAUCAGCGCCGACGGCUGCUGCAUGAAGCUGGAUCUUAACGUUAGCCUGAAGAAAAUAUAUAAUCUACUGCGUCUGGAGGACGAGAGGGAUAUAAUAGAGUCGAUAUAUUAUCAAUAUAAUAUAAUAUAUAAUAUAAUAAAUAUAAUAUAGAGGUUAAAAUAAAAAAAGACAGACUAAGAUCUUGCUUCAUGUGGCAUCCGUCAGAUUUAUUAUUCAUGUUUAUUAUUUUGUUUUUAUAGAAAAAAUCAUGUUCUUGUUUUGAAUGGGGAUUAUUUAAUAGUUGUAAAUAUCAGUGCUCCCUCUGUAGAUAUUGUGUUUGUUUUUGUCACCUUUUUAUAUUUUUUUAUUUCUUUGUCUUUUGAUCUUUUGACACAAAAAGUAAAAUUUAAAAAAUAAUAAAGUUUGUGGAAUAAUGAGGCUCGGAGGGAAAAAAAAACAGACGCCAAUAUUUUUUAUUCUUGUGUUCAGUUCAGUGGACCAACCACCUUCUCACUCUGUGAACUCAGGAUAUUCUGUCCUCAUAAAACAAUAUAUUUAUGGAAAUAUAUACACAGAUUUUUGUUUUUAUUGUACAGAAUUAAGAAGUUUCAGCUCCUCCUGUAAUUACAGUAUAUGAUCAGUUUUGUUUAAAAAAAUAAAUAAAAAUAAAAUCAUCCCAGAAAAGAUCAUAACUGCAGAAACAAGACACAAUACUUUUAUUUUUACACGUAAAAUGGAGUUUUAAAAACGUCUCAAACCUUUAACACUUCCUGUUUUUCUUGUUUUCAUACAAAAACUUGUGUUUUUGUAUUCGUCUUUGUGUUUUAUCUCGUGUAUCAUCGAAUCUAAAAACUUUAAAGAGUCACUCCAACUAUUUCCUCAGUUUACUCGGCAUCAUGGGAAAUGUAGGAUCUUCUGCGGCUUCUCUGGAGUGAGCUUUGUCAAGAAGUAAACAAACAAAAGAGGCUAUUGAGUUGCAUCAUGGGAAAUGUAGGAUCCAGUGUUUUUACUUUAAACUCUGAAUAUCUCUGCGGCUCGUAUUUCUUCUGCUCUUAUUUUAUGAGUUGCUUUAAUUUCCUCAACUUGAUGGAAGAGUUUAAUUGGUGGAGUGGCCCUUUAAGUGUUCACCAGCUCAACACAGCAAAACGUAAAACUACAAAACAUCAAGUUUGACAAUCAAAGAAAUAAAAAACUAGAUGUUAACCAUUCACAUAUUUUCCAUUUAGCAAAAGAACUACCUGAAUAUUUUGUAUUUGCUGAUAAAAUGUGUGAAAAUCACGAAUCAACAAGAGAAAAGAAGAGUUGAUAUUUUUUUUUAUUCGCUUAUUUGUUCACCGUUUUUACAGGCGGUUAAGAAAUAGUACGGCACAUAAAAUUGUUGUUUUUACAUUUGGAUUUUUGUACAGAGUAAACAGAUGGGAUAUAACAUGCUGAUCAGUGAGCUUUAGAGGAGCUGGUUGGUGGAUGUUUGUUACCUUUGACCAGAGCCAGGCUAGCUGUUUCCCUCUGUUUCCAGUCUUUAUGCUAAGCUAAGCUAAGCUAAGCAGCAUAUUUAGCAGUUUGUACAGUUUGGAGUUUGGCAUCGAUCUGAACGUCUAACUCUCAAAAAGCGAAAAGGCGACAUUCCCAAAAUGUCAAACUAUUCCUUUACUAACGUAAACCGUCUUUAUUUUUGGCUCUGCUUUCUUUUUUUUAUUUUGUUUGUGAAGCUCUUUGUCGUCUGUCGUCUCCGGCCCGCUGCACUGCACGCUCCUCCUCCAUGUUCCUCCUCCACGCUCCUCCUC